AUGUCGUUAUUUGAAAACAGCGCAUUUAAUUCCACCCUCUACGAAGCUCUGUAUCUUCAAAUCGAGGAUACCCUGGGCUUCGCGAAAGAUUUCUUUCAAUCGUGCGUAUCUUCUUUGCCAAUUGAAAAUUUGCCGAAAAGUUUUGUGAAUUUCCAAGAUUACACGUUCUACGACGAUCUAGCGGAAGUCUUUUUCUUCAAUGAGUUCCAGUGUUUGCUUCUGAAGACCUUUCUGCUCAUACUGUUGUUUACUUUAUUAUUGAUUUUCAUUUCUUGGCGAGUAUACGGUAACCGGAUAUCGGAGAGGUUUAUGAAACCCGCAACAUCAGCCACAAUAGCACAGCUUAAAGAAAGUAAAAAAGCAGAUGCAAAAUUCAAGUUAGCAGGUCCCGGCCACAGAUUGAGUGAAUCUUCAAUUAGUACCCAAUCUGCUGUGAAGAAGGAUGUGCCUGUUGUUAAAAGAAGCGGAUUGUCCGAGGAGAGUAAGAUAGCAGCAGAGGCAGCUUUGGCAAGGUUGCAGCAGAAGACUCACAAUCCAUCAUUUAAUACUUCUUUAGCUGCUAUUAAGGCUCAAGUGAAGAGAGAAUUAGAAAAUGAAGAAGCGUCUAACUCCAAUAAUGUGGAAGUUCCAUUACCCAAAGAGAAAGAGGAAAUUGAAAAGGAUCUAACUGGAAACUUUGCUGCGUCAGGAGUAUAUUUCAAAUGUCCCCUGAUAAGCAACGAUAUACUACCAAGGGACGAGUGGAAGAGAAACAUAAAGACAUUCCUUUACGAACAGCUUGAAGAGGAGAGAGGUCUCACAGCCUGCCUUAUGAUUCAAUCUUGUAAUAAUAAUAGGGAAAAGAUUGACACCUGUGUAGAGACUCUAUGCAAGUAUCUGGAGAAUAUAGUGACUUAUCCUGAAGAGGAGAAAUAUCAGAAAAUUCGAAUGUCCAAUAGGGCAUUUUGCGACCGAGUCCAACCAAUAGAGGGCGCUAUGGAGCUACUAUUAGCAGCCGGAUUCGUUCAGCAAAAAUUAGAAAAUAAUGGUGUCGAAGAAGAUUAUCUAGUCUUCAAUAAAGAUAACGUCCCUUCUGUUGAGAGCUUGACGACAUUAAUAGAUGCACUCCGGUCAGCGGAGCCCAUACAACUCGAGUUGGAUAGAAACUUGCAAGUGCUCCUACCCUCACAAGCGGCUGCUAAAGUGCAACUACCUUCAUCUUUUUACGCACUUUCUCCGGAGGAAAUCAAAAGAGAACAACAGUUAAGGACAGAGGCGAUUGAAAGAUCUCAAAUGUUGCGCACAAAAGCGAUGCGUGAAAAGGACGAAUUGAGAGAAAUGAAGAAAUAUAAGUUUGCCAUAAUUCGGAUACGGUUUCCGGACGGAAUAUUAUUGCAGGGCACAUUUUCCGUGUACGAGCGGUUUAUGGAAAUCCAAGAGUUUGUACAAGAAAACUUGGAGCACAGCGGUUUGCCGUUCGUCCUAAAUACGCCAACAGGACACAAGCUUAUCCUAGACGAGGAUGCGAAUAAGACCCUUAUAGACCUUCGAUUAGUACCAGCCACAGUAUUGAAUUUCGCCUGGCACUCAUCUGUCAUUGAAGAAAUCAAUAAAAGCCCCAAUAAGGAUAUGUAUUUGAAGCCAGACGUCAUGGUUUUAGUUCGAGAGGUGUGA